CAGUAUGUUUCUCGAGUAAAAAACCUGAGCAGUCUUCUAAACGAGAAUUAAACGACUGGCGCGUAUCCUGCCGACAGUCUUCCUUUAAUAUACGGUUGGGUUUGCGUAAUUCUUUACAUUUCCUUUAAAAUUCUGCCUGAACAUUUAAACAUGGGUCUUUUCAUUUGAAGCUGAACUUAAGGUCUUUUUGGACCUGUUUUGCUUGUUUCCAGCGCAAACACAACCUCCCAGCAUUGUCUUCGCCCACAUAGUGAUUGUGGUGCUGAUAGGCAGACGUUGGCUCUGAAAAUCUCACAUCUGUCUUCAACAUGUCUGGCCCAGGUGGGAUAUAUAAUAAUGUCUGAUCAUGCCUGUAUGAUUGUAGAGGUACAACAUUUAAUGGACUACACCCUUAAUGCUGAAAAUGUAAAGAAGCUUUAUAUGACAGUAGAAGAAGAUUUGUGUCAACAGCCCCAUUAUGUAGAGGACAGCCGAUCUGGGCCAGCACAAUAACUGUAUGUCUUACUAAUGGCUACCCAUCACCACACCAGCCUCCUUAUCCCAUGUCCCAGCCAGGUGGACACUCCAUGCCCCCCUAUCCUAUGGGAGGUUAUGUAGAACCUGGACAGGGGGCCCCAUCAGCAGGGUUCCAAGUAGGAUACCAGCCAGUUCCAGAUCAGCCAAUCAUGUAUCAGCCUGGUCCAGUUAGUCCAGCAUCUCACCAGGGCCAACCAUAUGGAGCACCUGUACCUGCACCAGUUUCGAUUCCUGCUGGAGUACCACCUGGUCUGGAGUACCUCGCUCAGAUCGAUCAGAUCCUUAUUCAUCAGAAAGUGGAGUUGUUAGAGGCAAUCAUUGGCUUUGAGACCAACAACCAGUAUGAGAUCAAGAAUAGCCUCGGUCAAAAGAUCUACUCUGCCAAAGAAAAAAAUGACUGCUGCACACGCAACUGCUGUGGUGCCCUGCGCAGCUUUGACAUGAAGAUCAAAGACAACGCCGAUCGAGAGGUCAUACGACUCAUCCGACCUUACCGUUGUGUCUCCUGUUGGUGCCCCUGCUGCCUGCAAGAGAUGGAGGUACAGGCGCCCCCGGGAACGACUGUAGGGUACGUGAAGCAGGACUGGCAUCCCUGUUAUCCAAAAUUCUCCAUCCAGGGGCCAAACAAGGAGACUGUGAUGAAGCUCGAGGGGCCCUGCUUGGCAUGUAACUGCUGUGGUGAUGUGAACUUUGAGCUCAAAGGCAAAGACGGUACUGGGAAGCCUAUCGGUCGAAUCAGUAAGCAGUGGAGCGGCCUGUUGAAGGAAGUCUUUACUGACACUGACAACUUUGGCAUCCAGUUCCCUAUGGACAUGGAUGUUAAGAUGAAGGCUGUACUCAUGGGCGCUUGCUUCCUUAUUGAUUUCAUGUUCUUUGAAAAAGUGGGAGACACAAACCAGCGCAAUACUGUAUUCUCUUAGAGCUCCUGGAAAGUUACUUUUUAAGUGACAGUUUCAACUAACUCAUCAUCUUUCAAGUCUUUUUUAAACUGAUGAAAUUCUCACAUUUUUUAGAUGACGUCUGAGUCUGGACUUCUUUUAUUUCCUGCAUUUUCUUAGGUAACCAAAGCUAUAGACAGCUGGCACUGCAGUGAAACCAACAGACACGUUCAAGGUCAUUUUUUUAGUGUUCACGUGGCCAGCAAUAUUUACAGUGACAGGCGAGGUAUCAUGAGUAACUGUUUAAUGGUGCCUUUUAAACAAUCAUAGCCUAUAAUUAUAAAUUACUAUUACAAUAGUAUAUCAACUAACAGUUAUAUCUUUUUGUUACUUUAAAUUUUUCUUUUUUUAUUGGAAAUAAAAUGUAACCUGCAACCCUA